GUCAGAGAGAGCAUAGAAGACAAGUCAGACCAACAACCUUAGGGGUGUAUUUACAGACGUUGUCUUUGGUUAGCAAACAAAUACACAAUAUGUAGUGGACCACUAUGAGAACCCGAGAAAUGUGGGUUCCUUAGACAAGAAUGCCAAGAAUGUGGGGACUGGCUUGGUGGGUGCGCCUGCAUGUGGGGACGUUAUGAAACUCCAGAUCGAAGUGGACGAAAAGGGAAAGAUAGUGGAUGCUAGAUUCAAGACCUUUGGCUGUGGCUCAGCCAUUGCUUCCAGUUCUCUAGUAACAGAGUGGGUAAAGGGCAAAUCCAUUGACGAAGCUCUGAAGAUCAAGAACACUGAUAUUACCAUAGAACUCAGCCUUCCACCAGUCAAGCUCCAUUGCUCUAUGCUUGCAGAGGAUGCUAUAAAAGGCAGCCUUGGCAGGCUACAGGGUCAAAUAGAAGGAAAACUCAGCAAUUAGUCCCUGUUCUUCCCAAUCGCCUUUCUCUGACAUCCUAACCACCUGUAUGAUGCAGGUCUGAAAGGUGAACAUGAUACAGGCCAACAAUCAUGGCCAAGUUCUCCAAUGUGUGAUUGAUGCUUUCAGUUUGAAGUAAAGCCAUAAAUCAGAACUGCUGGAGAGUGUUUGUAUCAUUUUAAGUUUUUAUGGCAGAUGUUUAAGAAUUGUUUUUGUUUGCCGUUAUGGAUGCCAAUUCUCAAAUGAUAAUCCUAAAUGUUGAGAUGGAAUAAAACAAUCCUAUUUUGUAUUUCCAACUGCCAAGAAAGGCAUUUAAACUUAAUUAAUAGAUUAGACAUGGACAUUAUCAAAAAUGUACUUUUAUUAUUAUGUACAUUUGAUUUUUGGCAAUCAAGUUUUUUGUUUAGUUAGCUCAGUGGUUAUACAUAAACAGCAUCAGGGUUCCUGUGGGAAGUUACACAUAACUAGACAAUUGAGGUACAGUUACAUUUCAGUAAUUGAACUGCUGAUAAUAUAGCGCCAUUGAACAAAUUGAAUAAAAAUAUAAAUACUGGUAUGUUAGUGUAUGUUCUUCUUUGUCACUCUGGGGGACACAUUGUCCCUACUGUUGAGAUCUCAUAAAUCACAGCAAGUGUGAUUUAUCCAUCUGUGUGUUACAGUAGCAGUUAAAAUAAUCUGAUCAUCAAAAUGUUUUUAGUACAUUUUACUCUCAUGAUUGCUGAAAUGGGGCCACCCUCUGGUUAUGCGCAAGGAUCUUUUUCAGGAUCAGCAGCACUGCUAGAAUGAGAAGACCCACCAGCACACACAACACAGCCAACAGGCCUAUGACUGCUGAGAAGCCGU